GAAGGUCGGCAAGGCCGAGGGGUGGGGAUACGCCGCACCUGCCGAUUGCCGUCUCGACCCCAAGAACGGGACGCUCCAGUCCGUUGUUCCUCUGCGCUUCACGGCCGAGGGAGAGACGGCGAUCAAUGGCACCGGAGGCGGCAGCAGCGGCGACGAAGAGGAAGUUGGUGUUUGUGACGGGGAUUGGGAGGGGGCUAGGGAGGGCGCUGGCCGUGGAGUUGGCGAAGAGGGGCCACAACGUCGCCGGCUGCUCCAAGACGGAGGAGCACGUUAACUCCCUCUCCUCCCUUCUGUCCUCCAUCGACCCUGAGCUCUCCCAUUCCCUCUUCACCGCCGACGUGAGAUCGGAUAGUGCUAUUGCGGAGGUCGCAAAGAGCGUCUUGGAGAAGAGGGGCUGUCCUGAUAUCAUAGUAAAUAAUGCCGGUGCCAUUAAUAAAAACAAUAAGAUCUGGGACGUGCCUUUGGAAGAGUUUGACAAUGUUAUAGAUACAAAUAUAAAAGGUACAGCCAAUGUUAUGCGUCAUUUUUUGCCUGCGAUGAUACAAAGGAAGCAUGGGGUGAUCGUCAAUUUUUCAUCUGGUUGGGGCAGAUCAGCUGCUGCACAGGUUGCACCUUAUUGUGCUUCAAAGUGGGCAAUCGAGGGCCUUUCUCGCUCCGUGGCAAAAGAGGUGCCUCCGGGGAUCGCGAUUGUUGCACUUAGUCCUGGUGUUAUAAACACGGAAUUGCUUCAUUCAUGUUUUGGUGAAUCAGCCGAACUGUACCAAUCAACUGAAACCUGGGCUCCUAAUGCUGCUGCAAUGAUACUUCGGCUAACUGCAGAUGAUAAUGGUGCAUCUUUAACUGUAUAGUUUGUUGAAGCAUGUGUACGUUCGGUGAUUAACCAUGCACAGUGUACCCACCAUAUUGAAAGGGCUUUGUUCUCAUGGUGCAUUUGGUCUAGAAACUGCUGCAUUUCACUUGUAAUUUAAUCUCAUUUCAGAGGCUUGGGAACUUUCCAUCGGUCA